AUGGAAGAGGUUUUGGAGAGGCAAGAGCGAGAAAGGCGAGUAAGAAUGCGUAGAAGAGCUGCAAGCAAAAGGGCGCAAAGAGAACUAGAUGAGCAACUUGGUGUGGCCGUUGUUUGGCACGCCUUCUUUGGAGUUACCGGCUCUCAAAAUGAUUUGAACGUCCUGGGUCAAUCCCCGGUGUUCAAUGAUGUUCUGAGAUGUGAAGGCUCAACUAUUACAUAUCAAAUUAAUAAUACCGUCUACCAGAACAGGUAUUAUCUAACUGAUGGUAUCUACCUGAGGUGGACAACAUUUGUGAAAUCAAUUCCACAUCCCCGAUCCCACAAGGAAAUUUUUUUUGCUACCUAUCAAGAUGGGUACAUAAAAGAUGUGGAGAGGUGCUUUGGUAUCCUUCAAGCCCGGUGGGCAAUUAUCAGGGGAGCGGCACGUCUAUUUGAUGAGGAGGUGCUUAGGAGUAUAAUGAUGACUUGUAUCAUCCUCCACAACAUGAUUGUGGAAGAUGAGUAUGAUUACGAUGCUGCUGAAGAUGAGUAUGAACCAGAUCCAAUGAACUUCGUCUUAACACGAAUUUAUGAAAAACCUAUGGGGCCAAAUGGAGAAUCAGUGCAGCAUGAUCCGUUAGUUAGAGCCGAUAGUUUCAUGCAUCGGAUGAUUGAGCGCUACACGGAGAUGCAAUCGUCAUAUACUCAUGAACACCGUCAAAUGGACUUGAUGGAGUAUUUGUGCGGGGUGAAAGGCAAUGAAGGACAAUAA